AUGGAUGGUAGUCUCCUUUUCUUGAGGUCAUUGUUGGUUUUGGCUUCUCUGUUGGUGGGCACAAGCCAAGGAAGGCAGACAGAUGCUCUCAACCGGCUUAGGAUGGCCAGGGGGGAAGGAAAGAUCGAUACAAGAAGUUGGCGUGUUGAUACAGACUCAAAAUUUGAUAAGUUUGAAAAAGUUUUUUCCGAGAAGAAGGUUUAUUCCCAAGAAGGCUUGAAGGAAAAGGACAAGAUAAAGAGAUUGCCAGGACAACCGGAUGUGGAUUUUGAGCAGUAUGCUGGGUAUGUUACAGUUGACGAAGAAGCAGGGAGGGCCUUCUUCUACUACUUUGUGGAAGCUGUUAGCUUCAAGAGUCAUUCAAAUCCCCUUCUCCUUUGGCUUAAUGGAGGUCCUGGAUGCUCAUCUCUUGGUUUUGGCGCCUUGGAGGAACUGGGGCCGUUCAGAGUUGCUAGUGAUGGUCGAUCUCUUUACAGAAACAAGUAUGCCUGGAAUAAUGUGGCGAAUGUUCUGUUCGUGGAGUCACCAGCAGGAGUGGGCUUCUCUUACUCAAACACCACGAGUGAUUAUUCUUACAGUGGUGAUCAACAUACAGCGUUGGAUAACUAUGCUUUCCUUGUGAAUUGGUUGGAAAGGUUUCCAGAGUACAAGGAGAGGGAUUUCUACAUUGCAGGAGAGAGCUACGCCGGGCAUUAUGUGCCUCAACUUGCUCAUACCAUCCUCCAGAAUAACAAGUGGUCCGAGAGAACCAUUACCAUCAACCUCAAGGGCGUCACUAUUGGCAAUGGCGUGCUUAACGACUUGACGGACGACAAAGGGAUGUAUGACUACUUCUGGACUCAUGCAUUAAUCUCCGAUGAGACCAUAGACUCGAUCCGCAAGACCUGUUAUCCCCCCCUCACUACUCAACAAUACGACGAUUGCAACAACGCUCAGUGGGCAGCAUGGAAUCUCAUAGAUUCCCUCGACGUAUACAACAUCUAUGCUCCACUCUGCCACAUCAAUUCCACAAAGAAUUCAGGAGUAUGUUCUGACUUUUGGUUUGGGUAGACAAACUUUGAUCCUUGCUCAGACUUCUACGUGGAGAAGUAUCUGAAUCUACCAGAGGUGCAAGAAGCCUUUCAUGCAAAUGUAACAGGCAUCAACUGGCCUUGGGUUGCUUGCAGCGAUGCGAUCACGCGAUGGACUGACAGUGCAGAUACGGUCCUACCUCUUCUUAGAGAAUUCAUGGACAAUGGGCUUAGAGUAUGGGUCUUCAGUGGGGACACAGAUGGUAGAGUGCCUGUCACAUCCACAAGAUAUUCUCUCGCGGAGCUCAAGUUGCCAGUCGCAACCAGGUGGCAUCCUUGGUUCUUCAAUCAAGAGGUUGGAGGAUACACAUUGGCGUACAAGGGGAAUCUAACGUUUGCGACAAUCAGGGGAGCAGGACAUGAAGUUCCCAGUUACCAGCCAGGGAGAGCUCUCUCUUACAUCACACAUUUCCUUCGAGGGAAACCCCUUGAGCGCCACCCCAGGCAAAAACCAACACACCAUAGUUCCUCUCCAUUCGGUGUGGCAGCAAUGGGGAAAGCCAUGGAUGGUAGUCUCGUUUCCUUGUGCUUCUUGUUGACUUUGGCCUCUCUGUUGCUGGAUGGAAGCCAGGGGAGGCAGACAGAUGCUCUGAACCGACUCAUGAAGGCCAAGAGAGAAGGAAAGGUUGGUACUAGCAGUUGGGGAGUCGACAUGGACGCCAAAAUUCAUCAGCUUAACGAAGUUCUUUCUGAAAAGAAGGUUUACUCGCAAGAAGGGUUGAAGGAGAAGGACAGGGUGAAGAGGUUGCCAGGGCAACCGGAUGUGGAUUUUGAGCAGUAUGCUGGCUAUGUUACAGUUGAUCAAAAGGCAGGGAGGGCCUUCUUCUACUACUUUGUGGAAGCUGUUGGCUUCAAAAGUCGGUCUAAACCCCUCCUCCUUUGGCUUAAUGGAGGCCCUGGAUGCUCCUCUCUCGGUUAUGGCGCCAUGGAGGAACUGGGACCGUUCAGAGUUGCUAACGAUGGCCGAACUCUUUACAGGAACAAGUAUGCCUGGAACAAUGUGGCGAACGUUCUGUUCUUGGAGUCGCCAGCAGGAGUGGGCUUCUCUUACUCAAAUACAUCUAUAGAUUAUACCACGAAUGGAGAUCAACAUACAGCACUGGAUAAUUACGCUUUCCUUGUAAACUGGUUGGAAAGGUUCCCGGAAUACAAGGAGAGGGACUUCUAUAUUGCAGGAGAGAGCUACGCCGGGCAUUAUGUGCCUCAACUGGCCGAUACCAUCCUCCGAAACAACAAGCGUCCCAACAGAACCAUCACCAUCAACCUCAAAGGAAUCACUAUUGGCAAUGGAGUGCUAAACGAAUUGGCAGAUGACAAAGGCAUGUAUGACUACUUCUGGACUCAUGCAUUGAUCUCGGACGAGAUCAUAGACACCAUUAACAAGAACUGCUACCCUUCUCUCACCACUCAGCAAACUGACCUCUGCCAAGAAGCACAAAAUGCAGCAUGGGGCCUUGUACAAGCCGUUGAUGUGUACAACAUCUACGCUCCGCAGUGCCAUAGUCCUUCCCAAUCUAGAAAGAAAUACUCCUUGGCAAAUUUUGAUCCUUGCUCGGACGACUACAUCUACAACUACUUGAACCUGCCAGAAGUUCAAGAAGCACUUCAUGCAAACGUGACAGGUCUCGAGUGGCCGUGGGCUUCCUGCAGCUCGAUAAUUGGCUGGAGUGAUAGUUCGGAUACGCUGCCGCUUUUUACAGGAUUCAUCAAAAGCGGCCUCAGGGUUUGGAUCUACAGGCAAGAUGUUUCACUUCUUAAUUGUGCAGAUCUCGUGAUCUACAUUUCACCAACGUGUUGA